UCAUGUGUUUCCCUGUUUCCCUCCCCGCUACGCUCUACUUGUAGUAAAAAACCAAUGAUACCGAGAAUCCAUUCUCGUGACGAAACAGUCGUUCGUUCUCCAAAUCUAACUGAUACGGACAUGCCGAAGAGGAUCGAGACUUCCGACCACCUGAUUGAGAACCAACUCCUUAAUACCCCAUUGAUUCCGCCCUUUUGGACCAACUGCGGGUCGUUGGAGCCGGUAAUGGACCUAAACGUUUGUUGCCAAUUUUGUUUUGAAGAUAUUCCAUCUUCUCGGCUACUGAUGCAUAUGGCAAUUCACUUCCUUCAACUCGCACACAAAGCACCAAAUAAUAAAGAGGAAAAUCCGGAGCAGUUGACCGAAUCUGUGGAUCGUAAUAUACUGGAAAUGUACGAACGAUUCUCUUUGAAGGCACAAUUUAGACAGCUUGUACUUAAGUAUGCCACGAAUUAUCUGAGCUCUGGGCUACUUAUGAGUAUACUGGAAAGAAUAGACACAACUGCUGACGUGCUCAUUCUGUUGGCUCUUGAACUACUCGCACAGAAGGCGAUCAAUAAUCAACAACUUUACGAUCUAAUCAACUCCAGUUACUUUGCACUGACACGUGUUAGACAAGAUCAGAGUUCUUCAACCAAGACAUGUGAACUUUGCAAUUUGAAGUUCCUCACGGAUGAAACGUGUGCUCUACAUAUGCGGAUCAGUCAUGUCCAUAACUCUGUGACAGAAGAAGAACAAAUCCAACAAUCUCAGUUGCUAACGCAGCUGUUGAUGCACGUGUUUGAAAAGAUUUUUGCCCAUGACUGCCUGCUAGAAAAACUAUUGCACACCACACAAUCUUCCCCAAUAUACAACGAAUCACUGCAAGGGAGCCUUAGGCCGUCAUCAGGUAUUUUCUCCCCACCACAUUCUCCUUUACUAGCUUCAUCAAACAAGAAAUUGCCUCCUACUCACAACCCGCAGUAUAACGAUGGGUCCGUCCACCGACUGAAAAUCUCUGAUGCAGAGCCAACUGAUAACUUGUUCCAUAUAAACCCACCCCAACUGCCCCCAUUUGAUCAAUACCCGAUGUCUAGUCAACUAGCCCCGGUAACAGAUCAAACAUCUUUCCAUCAUUUGGCAUUCAUGAUGUCAGCGAGUAUGCACUUUCCUAGAAUUGAACACAAGAUCUUGCAGAAUGGCGAGUCCAAUACACGGCGAAGCAAGAAUAUUCCAGAUUCUUUGUUCCCAUCCUGCAUACCUUCAAAGUCUGAAGUCACCUCUUCACAACAACAGCAACAGCCCAAUUAUCAAAGACGCAGCCGAACUCGUCUCAGUGAACCGCAACUUGUGAUAUUACGAUCUUACUUUGAUAUUAAUAAUUCACCGUCAGAAGAAAAGAUUGCAGAAAUUUGUGCUAAGACAGGCCUACAGGCCAAAGUAGUGAAACACUGGUUCCGGAAUACACUGUUUAAGGAAAGACAGCGUAACAAGGACAAUCCGUACAACUUCUCAGUUCCACCCAGUACUAGUCUCAACUUGGAAGAAUAUGAAAAGACUGGCCGCAUAGAAGUCCGCCCUGCUUCGGUUGACAGCGAUCUCAAACGUCAAACAGACCAUGCAUCAUUUUUCUACAAUGUUCUUGGGAAACAGGAGUGUCUGCAAGCCGAUUACAAACCACCAAUAACGUUUCCAAAUCGCAGGGAAGGCACUGGCAUUAAGCGGUCUCAUGAGGACCGUGUCAGUUUGGAUUUCGUUCGAGAUGGUCAAAUCCGUGCUCACUCAGAUGCCAGUAGCGAGGGUGCUUCACUGCGUACUUCUGACACAGAAUCUUCCAGUAUCGGCGGAUUCUCAGUCACCCCACCAGCAAAGCGUUUACAUCUGGGUUGUGCCAGUGACCCAAAAAAUCACCGUCUACGAAGUGGGAACUGCAGUCCUUUCCAUGUGGUUACAACUUCACCUAAAGAAUGCGAACGUCUGCCACCAAAUCUGGAUGUGUACGCUACUGAGCAGCAGCAACUUGAAGCAUUUGUGUUGGCGGCUCUUGGAAAACCUGCACAGACUGAGGUAACUUCAGCCGAAUCAGAUGUUCCUCUUGACCUCAGUAAAACAAGCGCUGUCCUACCUGGAAAUCGGGGAUCGUCGAGCCACCUGGCCUGUACACUGGACUCCGACGCUCCAUGCUUAAACAAUAGCUUUCUUAGCCUUGGAAUGUUGAAUAAUUCCUCAUUUCCGACAAUCCCUGUAAGGAAGUUUUCAAGCAGUGUUCUUCAGACGCGCGCCCCGUAUCCCUCACUCUCGGUGGCAUCUCCUAGCACUUCCAACACUGCGAUGGCUGGUAACAUUGGAACACGCCGGAAUCGGACGAGUAUAACUGUCUUACAGUCACGAUGUAUGCAUGCCAUUUACACACAUCACAAAACCCCAUCGGUUCAUGAGUGCGACAGGCUGGGAGCGACGAUUGGUCUAUCAAGAAGAGUAGUUCAAGUUUGGUUUCAAAACCAACGGGCAAAAGAGAAGAAAAUGGCUCGGGUUUCAUCAACUUACGGUUCUGGUGCCGGUUCAAACGUCAUCCAAUUGCGGAACGGGGGAGCUGAUGUUGUCACUCACGUAGAGCCCACUUUCUGUCAUUUGUGCUGUAUGCCAAUACGGACAGAACUUGUUGAUCCCCACACAGGACUUACCUCACAUUCGGAUUACACGUCAUCUGGAUCGUCUCUCAGCCUACAAACUCAUCCAAAUGCCCUGGCUUCGCAUGCCUCGUUUGUGGAUCAUUUAUUCUCACCCAGUCACUUGAAAAAGAUGAUAAGUUGGUGUUCUGUGGAGAUCAGUUCGGGUCAAACUUGA